CGUUUCGCUCGAGCGGCUGGGCGCUUCGCGAGUGUCACGGAAAGAAAAAUCGUAAAAAAAACCAAAUGGUUAUUGUGUGAAAUAAACUGUAUUUGUUGUCGUUUGUGUUUAUUAUUACGUAAACUGUUGAAUGGGAUUACGCCGAGACGCCGGCGGUCAAUAUUUCUAUGUAAACAGAUCCAAUAAGCAAUGAGAAGAUAGUCCUAACAACCAACUAUAAAACCACUAAUCAUAAGCCACAAUGUCUCAUCACCUAGUAACAGUAUGCAUAUGCCUACUAUGCGCGGCGCAUACAUGCGGGUCCCAUGUGGACCCUAAAGUCGACCUACAGGCCUUCGAACCUACGUUGCAGAUAGAUCAAGCGACUUUCAACUUUGCGAAGAGAAGAAUAGAGUCCAAAUUAAGAUACGAUCAAAGACUACAAAAAAUAAGACAGAGACGAGACAUCAGAAGUGUCAACCCUAGCGAAUAUGUGGAGAAGAUUUUCCAAAUGUACGGCAGCAAUGAGUCCAUGACGAUGAACGUGACGGGAUUCAACAGGCUGCUGGAGGGGCUGGACCUGCACAACCUGGUGGAAGGCGGGCAGCUGAAGAUUGAGAACAAGAAGUAUUUGUAUGGGAAUGGGGAAGCGAAAGAGGAGGUAGUCAAUUGCGUGAGCAGUGGAGAACUAAUAUCAACAGUGAACACAAGGUUAAAACCUCACGAACAUAACCACGACACUAACCAUGAGCAUGAAGCAGAAAAUAUAAUUUCUGAAGACACACUUAAAACUAUAUGCCCUAUACUACUGUACCAAAAAGUUGCAAGCUCCUCUAUAGAAAUACAAGGAUGUAUUAUAGAAUCGAGCUUGCCUAACAGACGAAAUAAUAAAGACAUUAGUACAAUAAGUAAGCAUGGAGAAACAGAAAAUGCGUAUUCCAAAAAUAUGUUUGCAGUGUGGUUGUAUUCCUCGUUAAGUAUAACAGCUAUAAGUGCGUGUGGUUUGCUAGGAGUGGCCGUGAUUCCUAUAAUGCAUAAGACAUAUUAUAACCAUUUACUACAAUUUUUAGUAGCGUUAGCUGUAGGGACGCUGUGUGGUGAUGCGUUGUUGCAUUUAAUGCCUCAUGCUAUGAGUCCUUCACACGACCAUGGCCAUGAAACUGGUGUAGAUACAAAAGUAUCUCACAACGAUGGUAUGUGGAAGGGACUGGCUGCUAUGUUAGGUGUAGUCUUCUUCUACUUCACUGAAAAAGGUUUAACAGUAGUAGUGGAAUGGAGGAAGCGCCGUCAAAAGUUAGAAGAUGAUAAACUCCCUUCAAGAGUACGAGUAUUGAAAGAUGAAACUGUUGGAGGUUGCUCCGGUGGUGCGAAAGCGCCAAUAUCAAAUGCGUCAAAUUCUUUGAUGAAAAUCUUCAAAAGGGACGACAAAAGUGAUCCAACUACCAAGACAUGCAAACAUAAAUAUUCAGAAUAUCCGUAUUGUUAUGAUGAAAUUGAUACGGACACACACGACGAUCAUCAUUUAAGAGACGGGUUACCACCAAGUCCCAAAGCAAAUAACAAACAUAAUAAUUCAGUAAGCGUUGUUUCCUCAAACGCUCUUAACAGAGAAGGCAAAGAGAAUGAACCUACAGCUAAAGAUUGGCUGUUGAAAGCAGAAUCGACGCCGGCUGUGGUUGAAAUGAAUAAUAUUAAGCAUAAAGAAGACGGUGUUAAGGAUAUGAAGGACGGUGACAGCUAUACGGUUAUACUUAGGGAACAUUCUCGAGCGCAUCACGGUCAUUCUCACUCUCACGGACAUGUCCACGCGCCUCCUUCAUCCAUGUCCUCUGUUGCAUGGAUGGUCAUUAUGGGUGACGGCUUGCACAACUUUACAGACGGCAUGGCGAUCGGUGCAGCAUUUGCGUCGAAUAUAGCUGGAGGUUUCUCAACAGCUAUUGCCGUUUUGUGUCAUGAGCUGCCGCAUGAGUUAGGUGACUUCGCGGUACUCCUGAAAGCCGGCAUGUCGGUGAAGCGAGCGGUGUGCUACAACAUUCUGUCGUCAGCGCUAUGCCUGGCCGGCAUGAUCUGUGGCGUUCUGGCGGGCCACGCGCCCAAUGCCACGCGCUGGCUGUUCGCGGCCGCGGCUGGCAUGUUCCUGUACAUUGCGCUUGUUGACAUGAUGCCAGAGCUCAGCACCUCCCAUAGCAAGGAAGGCACACUCUGCCAAUGCAUACUACAACUGAUGGGCUUGGCAAGUGGCAUUGGCAUAAUGUUGGUCAUAGCUCUCUACGAAGAAGACUUGAAGAGUUUGUUCGGUUGAAGAAUUAAAAAAAAAAAAAGAAAUGCAAGAGACUUGAAGUGUCCCAGUGUGAAAGGGAAUGUUUGUUGAUAAUGUAUUGUAAUAUACAAUUUUUAGGGUUCCCUACCAGACGGGUGCCUACGGGACCCUAUUACUAAGCCUCCGCUGUCCGUCUGUCUGUCUGUCAGGCUAUAUCUCAAGAAUCGUAAGGCCAGGUAUCCACCUAAGCCGAGCGGAGAGAUGAGUACAGUCAACCAAUCUAAUUUUUCAAAGAUGACAUUAAUAUUUUCACGUCAUCAACCUGAUUCGUCAAAAUCAUUUAUUCAAAGGAGGUACAAUUGUACUCCUUUUGGUGGUCGAAAUUGUUUUUGUACGAUAUAGUGGUGAUAAUUAAUUACGUAACUUAAAACUAAAGCUAUAAGGGUUCCAAACGCGCCCAAGUCUGAGAAGAACCCAUAACAAACUCAACCGGGUAACAACCGUCGACUGAGCACAUCUCUCUUCUCCGCUUAGAUGGAUAUCGGGUCUAAUAGGUAGAGAGUUGAAAUUUUCACAGAGUGUGUAUUUCUGUUGCCGCUAUGACAUCAAAUUAAAAAAAAAACAAGAUUUUCAAAAAAAAAAAAGCCGCAACGUGCAAAUCAAAACCCCGCUGGCAGAUAGACAGACAGACGGACGGAUAAUAGGGUCCCAGAGUAAUAUGGUCUCGCUAUCAUCUUUUGAAUACGGAACCCUAAAAAGUGAAGUGAUGUGACGUAAUCAACAUACGAUCCCAUACUAAAAGUGACUCAAACAUUCAGUAAGUGAUAAUCAAAAACCAAGUGUUUUUAAGUGAAGAAGUGAAUUGGUCAAGUGCUUAAAGUGAAAGUGAAAUGUUUUCGAGUCAUAUUGACUUGUGGAAACGAUGUACUUAUACU